AUGUACAUCAUGUUUGGAGAAUUAUGUGUUUGUGAGUCUUCUUCAAAAUGUACAACAUGUGCCAAUGGAUAUUAUCUUACGACUUAUGAUACUUGUGCUUCUUGUUCAAAUUCAUUUUUGUUUUGUGAAACAUGCAAUUUAACAAGUUGUAUUUCAUGUAGGUUUUCUAAUUAUGUAUUAUAUGAUGGACAAUGUAUUGAAUGUUCAUAUAGUCCAUGUACUCAAUGUAAUAUCCUGGAAGAGUGUGUCUCUUGUUCUUUUUCAACUGGAUAUUGCCUUGAUUCAUCUGAGUGUGUUCUUCAAAGUGAAUAUAACUGUGGUGUAACAACACAAAAAUGUAGAGGGGGUACUUGUACUUCAUGUGCAAAUGGGUAUUUUCUUUCUACAAAUAAUAAAUGUGAUAGUUGUCAAAAGAAAUAUCCAUACUGUUCGACAUGUGAUUCUGAAACUUGUCAGAGUUGUGUUGUAGGAUAUCAUUUAUCUACUUUAGGUACAUGUAUUAAAUGUGAAAAUUGUGGAGAAGCAGGAUGUUCAGAAGAUGGUACUGUUUGUUUUGAUUGUCAACCAGACUAUAUUAUUCAACCUAAUGGAAAGUGUGUAUUCUAUUCAACAGUUCAUUGUAGUUUAGCGUUGUAUGGAAGAUGUAUAGAAUGUGAAUCAGGUUAUUCAUUAAUUGGUGGGAAUUGUCUUCAGAAUACAAUUUGUUCAGAAACUACAGUAACAUUACUAAAUGGUAGUUGUGUAGAACAACAGAAUGAUCUUUGUGCCACUGGAUUUAAUAUUGAAGGUGUUUGUGUUAAUUGUCAACAAUCAUAUGAUCAUUGUACACAUUGUGUUACUGUUUCAACAGGACAGUACUGUUCAGUUUGUUCUGAAGGAUAUUAUCCUCAUGGUCCAGAUUGUCAAAGUUGUAAAUCUAUUGGUUGUUUAACAUGUUCUAAUAGAAUUUAUGACCCAAAGUCAACAUAUAAUAAAACAUGUACUAAGUGUUUAGAUGGUUAUUAUCUUGAUGAUGACUCAUGCUUUCAAAUUAAACAUUGUGAUGUUAUCAAUGGAAAUACAUGUGAAAUUUGUUCAACUAAUUAUAUUAAAAAUAAUGAUGGACUCUGUAUUAGUUAUAUCACUGUUAAUCAUUGUAUGGGUGCUUCAAAUAAUUAUUGUUCUUCUUGUGACGUUAAAUAUUAUAUUGAUCCAAUUACUCAUACUUGUCUUCCAUGUGGUUCAUCUGAAUGUGAGACCUGUAAUUCAGCAACAAAUUGUACUUUAUGUUAUGCUCCAUCGACAUUAAGUGAAGGUGUCUGUAAAACAUGUGAUAUUUUAAAUUGUGUUACUUGUUCAAGAUCAUCAUAUACUUGUGAUAGUUGUAAUCCUGGAUAUUAUCUUAACUCAGACAAUUUCUGUACAUCUUGUUCAGAAACAUUUUCUCAUUGUUCUAUUUGUUCAUCAAGUCAUUGUACAAUAUGUUCCAAUAAUUAUUAUUUAGACUCAUUAAAUCAAUGUCAAGAGUGUUCAACUAUGGUUGGUUGUUUGAUUUGUUCUCCAAAGGAAGAAAGGUGUUUGACUUGUUUAUCUGAUGAAUACUAUCUUGACUCUGUAACAUCAACUUGUAUUAGUUGUUCAAUACUUUCUGGUUGUAAACGUUGUAGUAAUGCUUUUGCGUGUACUGAAUGUAAUUCUAAUUAUUAUUUAGAUGGAGCAAGAUGCCAACAAUGUAAUACUAUUACUGGAUGUGCUACAUGUAGCUCACUAAAGAAACAAUGUUUAUCAUGUCUUCCAACAUACAAAACAGAGACAAGUGUUGAUGGAAGUAUAAUUUGCAAAGAUUGUCAAACAGUACAACCAAAUUGUGAAACAUGUGAUUCAUCUUUCAGGUGUUCUACUUGCAAUAAUCGUUUUACAAGAUUUACAGAUGGAACUUGUGUAAGUUGUAGUGAUUCAUUUAAUGAUUGUUCAGUAUGCAGUCAAACUUCUUAUUCGUGUCUUCAAUGUUCAACAAAAGAGUAUUAUGUUAAUAGUACAACUGGGAAGUGUAUCUCUUGUUAUCUCAAUACAAAUGGAAGUUGUCAAACUUGUGAUUCUCCUACUCAUUGUUUAUCAUGCGCUUCAAAUUAUUAUUUAAAUUCUUCUUCUUGUAUUCCUUGUUCUACAAUCUUAAAUUGUGAGUCAUGUACUUCUAAUGGACUCUGUACAAGAUGUUCUUUCCCAUAUACUCCUACACCAAAUGGUUGUGUCUCUUGUUCAUUAAUAAUUCCACAUUGUUCUCAAUGUACCCAAACAGGAAAUACAUGCAGAUCAUGUGAAAAAGGAUAUUAUCUAUCAUCUAAUAAAUGUAUUGAAUGUUCAACUCAAAUCUCACAUUGUGCUGAAUGUGAUUCUGGUUCAGAGUGUAAAGUAUGUGAAAAUGAUUAUUAUUUAAAAGAUAAAAUGUGUUAUUUAUGUAGUGAAAUUACUGAAUGUAUUUUAUGUUCUCCUGAUAAAGAUGGGUGUUUGCUUUGUUCUAAUAAUGCUCUUCCAGAAAAUGGAAAAUGUAGUAAAUGUUCUCAAAUUCUCUGUGAUGUUUGUGAAGAUUAUAACAUUUGUACAUCAUGUUCUAAUGGUAAUUAUUUAAGUAAUGAAGGAAUUUGCACAAAUUGUAAUUUGAUGUCAGGUUGUUCUGUAUGUAAUACUACUUCAGAGAGUUGUGUUACUUGUCAUCCAGGAUUUUAUUUAAAUGAUAAAAAUCAAUGUGAACCUUGUGGUAGAGAUUGUUCACAAUGUCUUUCUAAUACUCAUUGUAUUACUUGUAAUAAAAAGUAUGUAUUACAAGAUAAUGGUUCUUGUAGUUUUUGUUCAGAUACAAUUGUUGGGUGUUCACAGUGUAAUCAAAACAAAUUAAGUUGUGAUAUUUGUGAUAUUAAUUAUUUUAAGAGAGAUGAUAUUUGUUCUCCAUGCACAGAAAUCCAUCCAAAUUGUAAUUCUUGUGAAUAUGAUAACGAAUCAGGUAAACCGAUAUGUACUAUUUGUUCUCUUAAUACAGUAGUAAAAAAUAAUACAUGUUCCAGUUGUGAAGUAAAUGAGUAUAUUGAAGAUGGUAAAUGUGUUAAAUGUAAUGAAAUAAUGAAUAAUUGUGUGCUAUGUGAAAAUAAUGAAAAAGGAAAAAUGUGUAAAAGAUGUGAAUCAGGUUAUGGAUUUAAUUCAGAUAAAUCAGCAUGUAUUCAAUGUAGUGGAGUUAUAGAUCAAUUAGGGUAUUGUGUUUUAUGUGAAGAUAAGAACUGUUUAGUAUGUAAUGAAACAAAUUAUUGUAUUAAAUGUAUUUCUAACAGUUAUAUUUUAAGGAAUGGAAUAUGUACAUAUUUUGAUGAUACUAAUUGUUUAUUUAAAAAUGAAAUAAUUGGUUGUGAAAAUUGUAAAACAAGUAUUUCACUUACAGGUAUUUGUUCUAAUAAAUCUCAGAAUGAAAUGUGUUCUUUUUAUUAUAAAACAUCAAAUACUAAUGAAAUAUGUAAUUAUUAUUAUCACAAUCAAAACAAUAUUAUGAUUAAUGGUAUUUGUACAACAAAUAUAAAUUGUAAAACUCAAAUUGGUAAUGAUUGUGUUGAAUGUAAUGAUGGAUAUUAUCUUAAAAAUAAUAAUUGUAUUAAAUGUGAAUCACAUUGUAAUAAAUGUUAUUUAUCAAAUAAUGGAAGUAUAUGUUAUUUAUGUGAAGAAAAUUAUGGAUUAAUUAAUGGAGAAUGUAAACUUCUUGAUGAAAUACAUUGUUCUUCAAUAGAAAAAGAAAAAACAUUUUGUAGUGAUUGUAAUAAACAAUAUUAUUUGGAUAAUAAUAGAAAUUGUCAAAAAAUAACAAUAAAUGAUUGUAUCUAUUCUCGUGAUAAUAUUAAUUGUUUAAAAUGUUCAUCAAAUAAAAUUCUUACAAGAAAUAAUAAUGGUGAAUUUACUUGUGGAAAGAUAUUACCUGAUAACUGUGAACAAUCAAAUGAAAAUGGAUGUUUAAGAUGUAGUGAUGGAUUUUUCCUUUUGAACAAUGAAUGUUCUAAAUGUGAUGAUAAUUGUAAUACAUGUUAUGGUACUAAAACACAAUGUAUUACUUGUAACUUUGGUUAUACUUUAGAUACAAAUUAUCAUUGUAAUUUCAUUGGAGAGCAAGUAAAAAAAUGUAAAACAUUCUUACCAAAUGCUCAAGGAUGUGCUGUAUGUAAAGAUGGAUAUUACUAUAAAAAUAAACAAUGUUAUGAAUGUGAUGUUUCAUGUUCGACUUGUGUUUUAAAUAGUAAAACAUGUACAACAUGUAAUGUUAGUGGUAGUUAUUUCUAUGAUAAUUAUAAAAAAAAUUGUCAACAUAUUUCAUCAUUAACUCAUUGUAUUAAUAUUACAAGUACUGGAUGCUCUGAGUGUGAGCCAGGUUAUUAUAUUAAUAAUCAAUAUUGUUCACCUUGUCUUUUACAAUGUGCCACUUGUAGUAAUAAUUUUGAAUGUGACUCAUGUCCAGAAAAUUAUGUAUUAACAAGUGAAUCAUACACAUAUAAAAAUUGUUUAUAUUAUACUAAUAUAAGUCAUUGUACUUCUGCAAAAGAAAGUAAAUGUAGUUCUUGUGAAGAAAACUAUCAAUUAUUAAAUGAUGGGACCUGUGAAAUAAAACAAAAUUAUUUUAUUGUUAUUGGAAUACCAAUUAUAAUUUGUAUUAUAAUAACUUUAAUAAUUAUUAUUUGUAUUGGAAGUAUUGUACUUUAUAUAACAAAGAAACAAAAAACAAGAAAUAGCAUAAAUAAAACAAAACUUGAUUUUCAAUUUGACUAUAAUGAAGAAACAUUUAUUCCAGUAGGAAUGGAAACACGUGAUAUUAUUUGUAUUGGUAAUGAAAAGUGUCAUUUAUUAAAAAUUCAAUUAUCUACUAAAGAAAAUACUAAUAAAUUUUCUAUUAGAACAAGUCCACAAUUAGUUUCUUUGAAAAAAGGAAAAGCGUGUGAAUUUGAAAUAUUUAUUAAACCAUUAUGUACUUGUGUUAUAGAUGAAUAUAUUGUAAUCUCUUGUUUAGAUAUUAAAAGAGGAAUUAAGUAUUAUUCAGAAAUUAAAGUAAAAUGUGAAACAGAAAUAACAAGUAGAUUAGAUCCAGAUGAAUUAAAAGAAGAUAAAAAACUCGGAGAAGGAUCAUUUGGAAUUGUCUAUUUAGGAAAAUAUAGAGGAAAUAAAGUAGCAAUAAAGAAAAUGAAACAAAUAAGUGAAUCUGAUAUGAAUAGAGAAAUGAAAGAAUUUAAAAAAGAAACAGAUAUGUUAGAUAAAUUUAGAAAUGAAUAUAUUGUUCAUUUUUAUGGUGCAGUAUUUAUUCCAAAAAAGAUAUGUAUGGUAACAGAAUUUGCUGAAUAUGGAUUAAAUUAUCUUCAUUCAAAUGGUAUAUUACAUCGUGAUAUUAAACCUGAUAAUAUUCUUGUAUUUUCCUUAGAUACUAAUAUUAAAAUAAAUGCUAAAUUAACUGAUUUUGGAAGUGCUAGAAAUGUUAACUUGUUAAUGACAAAUAUGACAUUCACUAAAGGUAUUGGAACUCCUGUUUAUAUGGCUCCUGAAGUUCUUAAUAAAGAACAUUAUAAAACACCAGCCGAUAUUUAUUCAUUUGCUAUAACUAUGUUUGAAACAAUUAAAUGGGACAAUCCUUAUUCAAAAGAAGUUUAUAAAUUCCCAUGGACUAUUGCUAGUGCUGUAGUAGAAGGAAAACGCCCAGACAUUUCUUCGUAUGAACCAAAUCUUAAACACAUCAUUGACAUGUGUUGGAAACAAGAACCUAAAGAACGAUUUAUUUCAUCUCAAAUAGUAACUGAAUUGACUAAAUACUUCACAAGUAUUGGAAUUAACGAUAUUUAUAAUAUUCCUUCAAGUGAAAAGUUCAAUGAUAAUUAA